UUUUUUUAAUAUUCCUUUUACUUUUUACUUUUGCAAACAUGUUAACAAAGAGAAACACAACUACAUUUCUAUUUACAUUAAUCUCACUGAUGGUCACUUUGAUGGGUGACUUUGUCACAGCUGCUCCUGUGACAAGUGUCGAUGGCAAUUCGGCAACAUUCACUUUUGCAGGACAUACAACCACAGUUCAUGGUGUUGUGUUUAGUGUGGUGAUGUUUGUUACUGGUGCUUAUCUAUGUUUCCUUGGAGGUGUAUUUCAAAAUUUUACUAUGUUUAUUGUUGGCUUUUAUGUGGGGGGCAAUAUUGCUUAUAUUGUAUUGACCAAUGCCAAAGCAGACUAUGGAAGUAACACAAAUACCAUCUUGUUAGUUGUUAGUAUUGUCGCUGGUAUUCUAGUGGGAGGAUUAUUGUGUUGUUGUUUCUUUUUAGCCGUCUAUUUAUUGGGUGCUUUGCUGGGUUAUUUAGUUGCACUUUGGUUGCUCUCUUGGAGUACGAAUGGAUUAAUCCAAACCAAUUGGGGUCGUGCUAUCCUGAUUGUCUGUUUCUGUAUUGUAGGUGUAAUCUUGAUUGCCUUUUUAGAACGCCCUAUGUUUGUGAUUGCCAGUGCUUUUAUUGGCUCAUUUGCCAUCUUUUGUGGUAUUGAUAUCUAUGUUCAAACAGGCUUUUUGGAAAUGGUCAACACACUCUUACACGCCAAAAAUUUUGAUUUGGCAGUGAAUGCCUCAAGCCAAUUACGAGGCAUGUUGGGUGGUUGUUUAGGUCUUGCUCUUGUGGGUUGUUUGAUUCAAUGGUGCUGUAUCAGAAGAGAUUCAAGUACCUAUCGUGGUUGGAGAGAACGUCAUCCUUAUGGUGGUGGAUGGACGCGUGUCUAAUAUGUAAAAUUAAAAUUUAUUAUUGUUUUA